CCUUGAAAGACAUAUACCAAGCCGUGAGUGGUGCUCACUAGCUUUACGACUCUAGAAACUGACGCCUAGCAUGAUAGACACGAACGUAAAACCUCAUCGGUGUAGUGCUUGCCAGCUAUCUUUUGCCCGGAGGUUAGCUUCUUAUCCUCCACCAACAUAUUAUAUCAUCGUAUAUGCUCAUAGAUAUACUAUAGGGACCUCCUACAAAGACAUCACUCCACCUACCAUGAAGCUCGAGAUCCGAUGGAACCUCUCCCCGGAGGUGUUCCCACUGUAGCGGGGCGAACGCCGAUUGCGUGCCUUAACUGCGCGCAAGCUAAGACAGGUUGUGAUAAGAGGGUGCCGUGUGCACGAUGUGCAGACAAGAACCUCGAAUGCCAAGCAAGAUUUGCUCGACGGUCCUCGAAAGCUGCCCUGAGAGCUGCCCAAGCAACUGCUGCUAUGAACAGUACUCAUACCCAAGUCACAUUACCACCUCAAGAACCACCAACACCGGCAACAACAGUCAACCCUUCUUUUAUGGACUUAGACCAGAGCACGAUAAAACAGGAUACGCCAAUCAAAACUUCCAUGUCGCCUGACAGUAAUAAUAAUACCAUGACGAUUGAUCCACGAAUACAACAGCAUGAAAGCCCAGUUAAGAAGAACUCGCCGGCGAAUUCUCAGAUGGGCUCGGAUGACUUCCCAUCUCCGCAUCCAAGGGUAGAUGGACUUGACGAUUUCCUUCACUUGGGUAACGAUUUCAUACCGCAAGAACCGAAUUAUCAAGACAUGCUAGUGUGGCAAGAGUACCCACUAGAGCUUGAUACCUUGUAUGCUGGAAAUUUACCCCUUGCACAAGCUGAUGUCGCCAUGCCAACCUUCGCAGAGCUCAGUGAUAUCUCGUCAAAUUCAGAACAUAUGAGCUCAUCGAGAGGAUCUAUACAUACGAGAAGUACCAGUAUAAUGUCUACUGGGGAAUUUGAUCCUGCAAUAAAAACGAUCGACAUGACAUUAGAUACCCCGCCAGAACCCAUACCCGAAUUCGAAGUUGUCAUCGCCUCUGAGGCCGGCUGGCCCAUGGCUCGAUGCAAUCCUCCCAUAUUCUCAGGCACAUGUCCAAGGACAGCAAUUGUCCAUUUAGAGUGUCUGGAGCAGAAGUCAAGACACGAAGGUACCUGGAGUGCUCUCGAACGACACCUGGAACAAGUCGACUGGGAUGCAACCGACCUAGCUUCGGUUAUCCCCCUGUCGGCUCGUACUCGGGACAAGAUGCUCGCCAUUACACAGACCUUCUUACAUAAGGCACUUGAAAUACAUCGCGGCGGGGUCAAUCUUCAGACCAAGUCUUACUCUAGCCCCAGGUUACUCAGCUUUUUAGUGCUUCCGCCUUCGAAAAUACUGGAAUACUUUUUGCGCAGUUAUGUUCGGAAUCUUUCUUUUUUCUACUCGCUCGUUACGGCUGGCUGCGUCGACCCAAAUGAGAUGCUGCAGAACAACCAAGCCUCGGCGCUUCUUGUCCUUCUCAUGAUCGCACAGGGCGCUUCCGCAGUGCCCACCGCCGAAGCACGGGCUCUUUCGGCCGGUUUAAUUGAGACCUGCCGCAUCUCAUUAUUUGAUAUUAUCGAAAAAGACAUCGAAAUGUGUGCCGAUCCUACCGCUCUUCGAUGCGCCUUACUCUUCACUUUGCUUGGAGCUUGGAGCGGUGACAAGUGGCUCAUGGACAUUGCCAUGGGACAACGCGGGAUGUAUCUUUCGAUGAUUAAACAUGCAGGAAUGUUCGAGUCUCAACCAUCUAUGAUCCUGUCUUUCAGCGGUUCAACCAAUACUGAGCUUCAGUGGCGCGAGUGGCUGCACAGAGAGUCCCAGAAUAGACUGGUAUACAACUUUGUUAUGGUGGAUCAAGAACUGAGCUUGUUUCACGACACGGCUCCUAUGCUAUCCACCAGCGAGCUUUGCGCCCCAUUACCGGGUCCAGAAUUGCUUUGGAUGUCUGCAAACGCAGAGCAGUGGAUUGCUGCCGUUCAAUCCAUCUACGGCUGCACCACCAAUGUUAACCCACAACUGCUCAGUACGCCUUCACUAACCCCAUCACUGUACGACCUGUUUCAAGAACUCCUCAACGAUAGCCUAGCCAGACGGCAAGGUACCCUCACACCGCAUCAAUUACGAUUACUCCUCCACCCACUUCAAGCAUGUCUCUACCACAUCCGACAAAUGCUAUCGUGUUUCCCCGAUGUCAUGUCUCCACGACGUCUUAGCAAUAGAGGCGCUAUACGUAAUUCAUACGAAACACGCCUCAACGAAAUCCAAGGCCUUCUCCAGAAAUGGUACGAACUAACCAUCACCUAUUACAAAGCGCAUCCAACAUGCGCCAUCAGCAAAACCAACCUUGUCCUCUACCACUUGAUCUCACUUAAUGCCAUAACCAACUUCCCCGAGAUUGAGCGACUAGCACGCCGCGAUGACUUUGACGGGUCGUACUGGGAGCUGUCGCUUCGACACAAGCGAUGCAUCUACCAGCGCGAAGAAGCCAUCUUCCACUGCGGACAAGUGUACCGCCUGCUAAGAUCUAUGCCUCGCGACCGUCGUCCUAGUUGGUGGAGCGCGGGUGUAUACCGCGCUACCCUGAUCCUAUGGACCGACAGCAUCUCACGACUCGACCCUAACUUCCAGAAGCGGGACGAGUUAGGAUCGCCCGUCGCGAUUGACCAAGUCACACCCGAAGAUCCGGCUGUCAUUGCCUACCUCUGGAAAGAGGACGGCGUGCCGGUACUUACGCGCCAGCGUGAUGGCGUAAGUGCUACACUAGAGAAACCUACCGACGUCCUCGAGUAUGCUAUUAAGACACUUGAGGACGGCGUCAGCUCUCGGCUUAGCGAUGGCAUUCGCCGCAAGCUAAUCGCCUUGGGAAGCCACUGGCAAGCUGAUGGCUUGACUGGUGGAAGCUCCAGUGCAGCUGCCAGUGUACAUGCUUCUACUGCUACGAGUCUGUGUUAAUACUUGCCUACCUCUCAUGACUUACAACUCAGAACUUUCGUUUCUUGAACCUGUUUUUUCUCUAUGACAUAACGUUUCCUUCUACUUCUAAUAUUGUUGUUUAUACAUAUAUCUAUAAAAAGGUACCUAUUUCUUUCCAAUCACACAUAUCAUAUCGUAUACACAUACACACAUAUAUACAACAUCACGACGCCGAUCCAGGUUGGAUAUUGAUGGUAUGGAUGGAUUGGUUUGGUAUCGGAGGAAAGAAAAGGGGCGGUGCGCAAACUUAGCGCUUGCACAGUAUACCCGCGGUGAGAAUGGAUAAAAGGGGGGACGACGCUCAACGAUGUCAAGGUUUCUACUUCUUGUUUUCGGUCCCGACGAUAUUAGGGGGAGGGGCGUUCGGUGGGGGGGGGUGAUUCUACCUUGAUCGGAAAGACCGAUGAACACUUGGUAACUUGGUACAUUACGGAGAUAGGGAUAUCAUGUGGUGGUGGUUCGGAAUAUUAGAAACUACGGUUAGCUGGUCAGGGGUAACGCUAUGGAUACGGUAUGGGGAGGUGGUUGUCUUGUAUGCUUGUCUAUUUAUCUACCCGUCCCUAGUCGGGGACGGAAUAAUCUCCGGCGUGUACACGUCCGCUUUAGCAUUCCAAUAGACUUUUUACUCAUUCGUCAA